CUGAGUGCCAGGCCCCAGGGUAGAGGGCAGAGCUCUCCGUGUGGACCCCUGUUGAUGGGAAAUGCUGGGACCUGGGGGUGGCUCCUGGGCUGUGUUUCCCUGAUUCGUGUCCCAGCUCUCAGGCCACACUCCUCAGGCCCCAAUCUAGGACAGCGGGAUGCUGGCAUUGCAGCUUGUCCCUUGAGGCGGCACCACGUGAAGUGGCACUGCCGGCUGGGGCCACUGGGGUGGGGGCCGGGAUUGAGAAGGAGACUCAUGUCUCAUUCAGAGCAGCUCUGCAGAGGGGAUCGGCAGGGACCAUGGUCUGUCCUCAGGCGGGCUCCCCAGACCAGGAGGGCUUCUUCAAUCUGCUGAGCCACGUGCAGGGUGACCGGAUGGAGGGGCAGCGCUGUUCGCUGCAGGCCGGGCCAGGCCAGACCACCAAGAGCGAGAGCGGCCCCACACCCGAGAUGGACAGCCUUAUGGACAUGCUGGCCAGCACCCAGGGCCGCCGCAUGGAUGACCAACGUGUGACAGUUAGUAGCCUGCCUGGCUUCCAGCCCAUGGGGCCCAAGGACGGAGCACAGAAACGAGCUGGGACCCUCAGUCCCCAACCCUUGCUCACCCCUCAGGACCCGACUGCUCUUGGCUUCCGUCGGAACAGCAGCCCCCAGCCCCCAACACAAGGCCCCUGAGGGCCUGAGCCAUCUUGGGCCUCACUUGGCCCCCAAAAGCUGAUAAAAGAAAUAAAACACUUCCAUGAGCAACAAGGAA